AUGCCGAGCUUCGCAGAUUCUUUCUGGUCAAAUGACUACGCCGCAGGACUUGGUGUCCUGUUCGGCAAGCUCCAGCAAGGAGUGAUUGAGAAUCGCCAGGUUCUGACGAUCGCUCGGAUGCGCGCUGAGGCUGAAGAGGUCUACGGUCAGCGCUUGGCAGAUAUUGCCCCUGCCGUUGAUAAGAUACAAGGUGGUUUUGCUCGCGAUGAUGGAGCCAGCGUGCGGAAGGCUUAUGAUGGAGUCCGCACUGAGAUGGAGGAUGCGGCCAGGAACCACCGAAAGAUCGCGCAGAAUAUCCGAGACUUAGUCGUCAACCCUUUCUCACGAUGGUGCGAGGCUCACGAAUCGCGUAUACAAGACUCUCAAGAUGAGCUGCAAUCGAGGAUCAAGGCGCACGAUCGUCAAGCCGAAACGGUCAAGAAGCUACGCAGCAACUACUUCAACAAAUGUCGUCUCGUUGAAGAUAUCGAGGAGGAGAAUAAGCUCGCGUUCCAAGAUCCAGAGACCAGUCCCAAGCCGAACAUCCCUGAAAUAAAGGUGUCGCAGACACAAACCAAGGAGGAAGAAUACGACGAUGACGAGCCUUACGAGAUCGGCGACGAAACGUAUCAAGCAGACCAGGUUAAGAAGAUACUCGCGCACAUGUUGAACAACAUCAAGAUGCAGGAAACCAAAGUAGCCAUAUUGGGCACCUACUUGAAUACCUCUGCGGGCUCGGACAUCGUCGAAUACCUUCAGCGCCACAUGGGAACCACUAGCGUCAGUUAUGCCGAGAGAAUCGGCCAGGACCUUAUUACAAACGGUUUCUUGAGGCUUGUUGGCAAUGUUGGCAAUACGUUUGCAAAUAGCUCUAGAAUGUUUUACCAGUGGCGGCCUAAGGCUUUCCAAAUGUCCGGCAUCCCAGAGAAGAAACAGCCCCUUGGUAGGACGUUCUCUCUCCCCGCCUCAAAUGCAUCAGAAGCUGGCGAUUCCCCGGUCGUGGGUACGGUCACUGAAUACCUGGCAAACUGGAAUGUUCUAAACAACCAGCAUCCAAAUGAAACGCCUUCACAACGCCUGCGACGUGAGGCUAGGGAAUCAGAUGAGAAGUACAAACAAAGCGUGCGCAAGCUGGACGAGAUGCGCAGCGAGCUUGAAGAGGCAAUUUUCGUUCAUCUGAAAUUUCUCGAGCGUUGCGAGCUUGAUCGCCUCAAGGCAAUCAAAACCGUCCUUCUUGAUUUCUCGGGUACUAUCAGCAAUGUGAUCCCCAGCUUCCAGGCAACGGUUGACAACAUGAUGUUGUUCCAAGAGACGAUUCAACCUCUAGGCGACCUGCGAUACCUUCUCGAGAAUUACCGGACUGGUAGUUUCGCUCCCAAGGUUGUGGUGUACGAGAACUACUACAACAGAAUUGAUGAGCAGACUUUCGGCGUUGACUUAGAGGCUCGUGCAAGAGCAGAUAAGAAGCGUGUCCCAAUCAUUGUGACGACAAUCUUGACCUACCUUGAUCAUCAUUAUCCUGAUCUUGAAGGCGAUGAGGCCAGACGAGGAGUUUGGCUUGUCGACGUGCCAUUGGCUCAAACACAUAAGCUAAGGGCGAAGUUGGAUCUACUCAACGGCCGCGAGCCAUAA